CCCCACUUUUUCUAUAUAAUUCUAAGAAAUAACCAAGUAAUUAACACUCCUUUAAGCUUUAGUAAUGGCACCUCAGCUAAAAUAAUAGCUAUUUUUCACAUUAUUAUUAAUAAUAAAACUGAAUAAGCUCAGGAAAACAUGAACCCUUCAAAGAGAACAUCAGUUGAAUCAAAUAAACAAAAGCAUCAAGCUAACAAGUCUCUUAGAACUGCCUUGAUGUGCAAGAAUGUGAUAACAAUCUGAUCUAAAAGCAAAAAUCAGAAGCAAAUCCUACAUCCAGGGAAAUGCUGCACCAGGUAUCAUUGCAGACUAGUAAUUGUUGGUGUAGCCGAUGUUCCCCUUUUCACGCAGCCUUUAGGUUCUGUUUUAAAUAUUUAUUUAUUUUCCUUGGUUCAUGCACACAGAUACUUCACUUUUGUCGUUGGUGCGAACAGCACAAUGGAGGAACCAAAAAAAAUAAAAGACAUAAUGACAAAAUAAAAGUUGCACAUCUUUGUUCUAGAGACAGGUCCUGCAAGAAAACCAAUCUAGUAUGGAGAGGUGUGGUGCAAAGGGUGGGCCCAAGUCUAACCUGGCAAAAAAAAAAAAAAAGUCCUCCCAUCUCAGCUAUACUCAGUUAUAUAAGUAGAGCCCCAUCCUCUCAGUCUAACAGUAUCUUGGAAGAGCUGCAUACCUGCAUACCUGCUCUGCGCGUCCCCGCUCAGCCGCUGCAAGCAUGAGUCGUCAAAAAAUAAUGUUGGACAAACUAGCGCGGACCUUUCAGAUCCGCAACAAGCUGCUUCGACAGUCUCUUGCAGAAUGCCUCGGGACUCUCAUCCUCGUGAUGUUUGGCUGUGGUGCUGUGGCACAGCUGGUGCUAAGUGGCGGCACCCACGCCCGUUUCAUGACGGUUAACUUCGCGUUCGGCUUUGGGGCCACCUUAGGCAUCCUGGUGUGUGGCCAGGUAUCAGGUGGCCAUCUGAAUCCCGCAGUGACCUUUGCCCUCUGCUUGCUUGGAAGAGAGCGCUGGAGAAAGUUCCCCAUGUAUUUCCUCUUUCAAACAAUCGGAGCUUUCUUUGGGGCUGCCAUCAUUUUCGGCAUGUAUUACGAUGCAUUGUGGGACUUUCCUGAGGCUUUUAACAUGACUGAUAGUAAUCCCACGGCAGGCAUCUUUGCCACUUACCCAGCAAAACAUCUAACCCUCCUCAAUGGUUUCUUUGAUCAGUUCAUUGGCACAGCAGCAUUGAUAGUUUGCAUUCUGGCUAUUGUGGAUCCCUACAACAAUCCCAUCCCUCAAGGUCUUGAGGCCUUCACUGUGGGGUUUGUGGUUUUGGUGAUUGGGUUAUCAAUGGGCUUCAAUUCCGGCUAUGCAGUCAAUCCUGCCAGAGACCUUGGUCCUCGUAUUUUCACCGCUAUGGCCGGCUGGGGGAUGGAAGUUUUCACAAUGAGACAGGGCUGGUUCCUGGUCCCCAUCUUUGCUCCUUUCCUUGGCACCAUUGUCGGCACGAUGAUCUACCAGUUAAUGGUUGGUUUCCACGUGGAGGGAGAGGUUCGGGACAGGAAAGAAGAAGAGGAAAGAAAUGUCAGGCUAACAAACGUUUCAUCAAAAGAGGAAAACAAAGAUACCUACUGAGUUUCACCAAGACUUGCUGAUGGAGGCUUUUACAGCAAUUUUAUGUAAAUAGUUUAACAACCCUUUUUUUUAGAAUCACUUCUUUUAAAGCACACAAACUGCCUAAAUAACAGAGUGGUUAUUUCAAUUUUGUAUUAUCUUUUUCUUAAAUAUCUUAACAUACAAUAUUUUGGAGAAUUUGUUGUAUAUAGUAUACAUAGAAAACCUAAAUACUCAAAAACUGAAAUACGCUUUUCUUUUUUGGGGGGCAUCUGCAUCUAAGUGUCUGUAGUCUUAAGUUUCAAUAGCAUUUUGCACUUCUUUUUUUCUUCUUCUUUUUAUUUCUGCAUCAUACAGAUUUUUACAUUUUUAAAGGGCCUAUAUAAUACAAAUUUCACAUUAUUGAGGUUUUAAGUGUAAAAUAAUAUUAAUUCCUCCAUUCCCUCAUCUCUGAACAUUCCUCUAAGGCCCUGUUCUCAGAGCGCCAGUUCCUCUCAAUUCACCAAUAUGACCGGGUCCUCACAUUGUGAUGUCAUAAAUUACAAAACAGGCCCUUCCAGGAAGAGCCUGUGCUGCCAACUUCCUGUACUUUUUUAAGAGAUUUUGGUUUUGGAGUGGUUUGUCAUUAUAUGUGUUUUUUUCCCCCGUUACAUAAUUUGAUCCGUUAAUUUUGUAAAAGCUUUUCUUUUUUUUUACCUGAAGCUUAACAUACUUCUUUUGUGAGUUGAUGCUAGUUUUGUUUUCUCUUUUUAUAUUAGUCACUGAAUAACUACAUGUUUAUAUGUUAUCAGAAUACGAUCUGUUUUUGUAGACUUUGAAUACAACUAUGUUAAUAAAUGAAAUAAACAAUAAAAACUAUGUUUUUGUCCUAUACUUAUUUUGACCUUUGACAUAUUUGUUAACUAUUCAUAGUUGGUUGCAAAACUGUAUUGUGAGAACUUGUGUUUUGUGCAAAGGCUAUGCUUUUUCACCAAAACAAUAAACUUCUGCUUUUUUUGUUGUUCCAUGAAUGGAGCUUACAUUA